AUGAGAUGUGGCUGGGUGUCUUCUGGAGUGGCCGCUGAUUCUGACAUCCGAAAAGUCUUGCGGAAAGGACAAUGGCAACUUGGAAUCUUUGAGCUGCAGAAUUCUGGGAAGCUGAUCACUGGAAGUGGAUUGUUUCACUUGACCUCGGCUUUUCGCAUCAGCAACUCAUGGAUUUGGAGCCUGCAGCAACUGAUGGCAGUGCGUCGACAGAGGCUCAGGCUCGACACGAUGUGUUGGUCGGCUGCAUCCUCUACACUUGGCUGCAAAGUGUGGAGCUGUGCAGUGCAGAUGUUGGAAGACAUGCAGUUGGCAGCGCUGCAGCUCGAUCUCAGAUGCGUCUCUCCUCAUGGCAUCUGGCAGAGGGCCUGGCAUUCCUUAUUCGAAGUAAGGCUACUGGGGCUUCAGUGCGAUGUUGUGGCAAUGAAUGCACAUUUGGCCGCUGGAAAUUGGGAGAAGACCAAUGGGCUGCUGUAUCACAUGAGAGUGUCAGAACUGUAUCCAGAUGCGGUUACAAGGGAAAGUCCUCAGAUGCUGCGGGAUCAAAUUGCCGUGGGGUCAGUCCUGACAACUCUUGCCAAAGGUGCAAGGUGGCAGCUUGCCUUGGCCUUGAUCAAGGAUGUCAAGGCAUCGUCACUUCAGCCAGAUACAGUGAGCAUCCAGCUGGUUGUGCAGAGUUGUGAGAAGGCAUCGCUUUGGGGAGCAGCUGUGGAGCUGAUGUCUCGGCAGGUGGAGUCUGUGAGCUCCGUCAUGAAGGCUGCGCAACAGGCACUCUGUUGGCAGGUGGCUUCUCAGAUGCUGCAACUGAUGAAGGACUCGGACAUCAGGGCAGAUGUGGUGUGCUACAACUGCCUCAUGGGUCCUCCACCCAGGCAGUGGCCCUAUGUCCUGAUGAUUUUAGCUGGUGCUUGCAGUUCAGCAUGCUGCCCUGAUGAAAUUGAUCUGAGGUUUGCGCGUCAAGGCUGUGAGAUCCACAGACUACAGUCUGAGCUCAGCCGUCAGCGCCUUGGAAGCUGCUUCCAACUGGUCUGUGGCGUUGACGUUGAUGUGCCGGCAGAUGUCGUUGCCAAGCGGGGCAACCCAGAGACCAUGCUGGGCUUGGCAAAGGUGGAUAUGAUUGCAUUGCGGAAGUCAGUUGAUCUCAGCAAGGCUUCAAUGCGCUCCUCUCCGGCUGUACCUGGAGGCCGUGGCGUUGAUGACCAUGCCCAAUUCAGGGGUUUGGAAGACAACUUCCCCUAA